UGUGUGAGACUCUACACGCUAAAAAGAGCUUCAGAUAUCUGUCUUGUGGUGAAGGAGACACCAAGCAGGAAUGGCUUUCAACGGAACGUGGCAGGUUUACGCUCAGGAGAACUUCGAGGAGUUCCUCAGGGCCAUAUCACUCCCUGAGGACGUCAUCAAGAUGGCCAAAGACGUCAAACCUGUAACAGAGAUAAAACAGACUGGCAACGACUUCGUCGUGACCUCAAAGACCCCUGGGAAAACAGUCACAAACUCCUUCACCAUCGGCAAGGAAGCUGAUAUUACCACCAUGGACGGAAAGAAGCUCAAGUGCAUUGUAAGACUGGAGGCGGGAAAGCUUAUCUGUGAGUCAGACAAGUUCUCACACAAGCAGGAAAUUAAGGACGGAGAGAUGAUUGAGACUUUAACUGUUGCAGGGACCACCAUGAUCAGGAAGAGUAAAAAGCUGUGAUACGACCUGGCCUGCUGAAAGUGUCUCCGGUUCAAAACAUGCCAUCUAUUUAAAUAAAACUGCCAUUUGUCAAAA